UUUAGGGAAAGCAUAUCAUAAUACUUAGGUCUCAUAAAUUCUAACCUCAACCCUUGUGUUAAACUCUGAUGUUUUACCCCUGAAUGAGACCAAUUAAGAAACGCAGUAUUUUAGGGUUGAUGUUAUUAAUUUCAACGCGUUAAAAGAAACUGCUGCGAUCAUGGAAGAAAAACGUGGUACAAGAUGAAAGGAGUAAUGGAACCAGCCAGCUGCUGUUUCCGUGCACAGUGAAAGCCCAGCCUCUCUGAAUGUCAAUCAAAUGUUCCAAACAUUUAGGACGCGGAAGUCAAGAGGAGAUUGGGUUACUUCUCAGUUUUGCUUUAAUGUUUGCUAUUUGCUCCAGUGUUAGAAGCCUGCUUUUUGUUCUAAGUAUAUUCGUGUAAGGGUUCUUGGUCUGGUGCCGUAACACGAGAGUACACCAAGUAGGCUUUCCUGAAGAUUUAGAAGAUUGUGGCAGCUUGCAGAAAACUAUUCCAGAAUGCGUAGCUUCUGGUACAUCUUGAUGUUUGUAUCAGGAUUCCUUAAGUGCCAUUGCAAUAAUACAACAAGCGGCUCUGAGGUUAGAUUGCUUCUUGUGUCCUUUGAUGGAUUCAGGGCUGACUAUCUUGAGCGAUACAGCUUUCCAAAUCUGAAGAAAAUGAUUAAUGAUGGAGCACAUGUGAAGCAUGUAACAAAUGUGUUCGUUACUAAAACGUUCCCUAAUCACUAUUCCAUCGUCACAGGCCGCUAUGCAGAAAGCCAUGGUAUUGUGGCCAAUUUAAUGUAUGAUGCAGCCACCAAAAAGAAUUUUUCGGUCUUCGCAGAUCAAGAUCCAUUUUGGUGGAAUGAAGCUACACCAAUUUGGGUAACUAAUCAGCAACAAGGGCACAAGAGUGGUGGAGUGAUGUGGCCUGGUACUGAUGUGUCCAUACAAAAUACAACUCCUUCCUACUACUUGAAAUAUGACCGCAAUGUCACAUUCAAUAAGAGAGUUGACCACAUUAUAAGAUGGUUUUCCACCUCAACAGAACCCAUCAAUUUUGGUGCAUUGUACUGGGAGGAGCCUGAUUCCACUGGACACCGUUAUGGACCCGAAAGUCAAGAGAUAAUCAAAAUGUUGAAGGAAGUGGAUGAUCACAUUGGCUAUUUAAUUGAUCAACUUCAAAAGACUGGUCUCUGGAACACAAUUAAUAUAAUUCUCACCAGUGAUCAUGGGAUGGCUCAGUGUUCUAAAGACAGAGUUAUAGAACUCGAUAAAUGUAUUGGACGUGGUAACUACACAGAGGUGACUCAUUCUCCAGUAACAUCUAUAUUGCCCCUUAAAAACACAAGUUACGUGUACAAAUUGUUAUUGAACUGUGACAGUCACAUGAAGGUAUAUUUAAAAGAAGAUAUUCCAGACCGUUUUCACUACAAACACAAUGAAAGAAUUCAACCAAUUCUUCUUGUUGCUGAUGAAGGGUGGACAAUUGUUCAGAACGGAUCAAUCAUCCAAUUGGGUGACCAUGGUUAUGAUAAUGCUUUACCCAGCAUGCAUCCUCUUAUGGUAGCUCAUGGACCAGCAUUUCGAAAGGCUUACAAAACCAACACCAUUAACAGUGUUGAUAUCUACCCAUUAAUAUGCCGCAUCCUGGGAUUGAAGGAGGAGUCUAACAAUGGAACCUUUGCAAAUGUGAGAUGUUUGUUGGCUAAUGAGAUUUGUGUGAGCCUACCAGAUGUAAUUGGAAUUGUGAUUGGCUCCUUAAUGGUAUUGGUAACAUUGUCCUGCCUUAUAAUUCUAAUGAAAAAGCGAAUUUCACCGCAGCGUGAAUUUGCUCGUCUCCAGUUGCAAGAUGACGAUGAUGAUGAUCCUUUAAUAGGGUAGUUUUAAGCCUACCAGUGUGAAAAGCUGGUACUAAAGUGUAAAUAAAAACUGAAAGAACUGCACAUGCUGUAAAUCAAGAACAAAAACAGUUGCUGGAAGAGCUCAGCAGGCCUGGCAGCAUCUGAAAAGGAGAAAGCAGAGUUAACGUUUUGGAUCUGGUGAUCCUGAGGAAGAAGUGUCACUGGACCCGAAAUGUUCACUCUCUUUUCUCCUUCACAGAUGCUGCCAGUGCUGAGCUUUUCCAGCAACUUUGUUUUUGGUAUGAAAAUGUAUUUAUUUUAGUGUGGCAGCAGGGAAAGUACUUUAUUUUUAGAGAUAUUCGCAAUAGAAUUAUUUUGUCUUUCCGUUAUUCAAGUACCUCUGAACUACAGGCCCCAUUAACUUGCAUGCUGUACUAAUGAAAUCUCUCAAGUAACAAGGAUUAAACUGCUCCUAACAAUAGUUGUUACCAGAAGUUAGUCUGAAAUAAUGCGAUUUGUAAGUCUGUUCUUGUCCAUACUAAUAUCUGCCACAUUUUAAAGAGAUUAAAUUUAGUUAUACCCCAUUUGUACUGUUUUUUUUUCCUGAAAUGAACUCUGUAAAGUUCCCCUGCAGUUGGGUUUGCAAGUGACUAGUAUGCAGAUCAAACCCACAAGGCAGUUUAUAGUAGGUUAGAAGUGAUAUGUUGGAAAGCCAUUCAAAUCCAGCAAAAGUGAAAUGAGAAAUCUCGUAUUAUCUACAUCUGCAGUCAAUACAAAAAUAAUUCUCAUGAACUGAGAUGACGUUGAUUAUAAAAGAUCUAUUAGGAAUGUUUGGAAAUUUAUUUCUCACAAUUAAAGGUUUGGGUAACAUGAGAUUGUGUUUGAGUUCAAUAAUUCAGAAUGUUAAUAAAUUUGAGAAACUGUAGAUGGUGCAAUCCUAAAAAGCCAAAAACUGAGAGUGCAUUGAAAUUGCAAAUGUGUGUAUAUUUAGAUGAGAUUAUUUGUCAGUGCAUUAACCCUAUUUUUAGCAAUAAGGUUUCAUGACAUCCUUGGUUUAGUUAGUACUUAAAUGUUAAUGAAAAAAGAAUGUAGAUUGGAAUUAAUCAUACUUUAGGUUUUGCAGUGACAUUUAUCAAAAUUCCAGAUGCCGGUGUUUUUGAAAAGAAAUGCUAGAGCCUGAUGACCACAAAAUGCAAUGUCUUUAACAGUUUUAUUAAAAAUGAAGUACAGGAUCAGUAUCAACAAAGGAAAAGUGAAUAUAAAUAGACUAGAGAGUGCAGAAAGGAGGACAAGACUUUAAAUUUUUUGUAGAAUAAUGUCAGCAUUUGAGGUAUUUGCAUACUCUAACGCUAUGGUUUGCUUCAGUGUGACAGUGCAUUCAGUCAUUUGUUUUGAGGUUGGCUCUGGAUCUGCUGGCAGUCAAGGAGCCAAAGGACUGAAUUUUGAAAACAUUUAUCUGCAUAUUUAAAAAAUUACUGAAGUAGUUUGUUGGGAAAUAGGCAUGUAAAUGUUAGGAUUAAACUAUGAUUUAAACAGGUUAUAUUUUGGAGGUGAAGCUUUAUAGAAUAUACAAGGGGGGGGAUGGGGUGAAAUGGAUUAGUAUUUUACAACUUUAACUGAAAAAGCAUUAAGUAUUUAUUUUGGCAAUUUUCAUUUAAAAAUUUUAUUCAUGAUAACUGUGUUCUGAAGAUUAGCUUAUUUUGAAAAGAGCAUUGAACAUUUACCACUAAUUUAUCAGUUUGCUUUGUUGCUAAUUCAGUCAACCACUAUGAUAGUAAGAAUUAAUAUUUCCAAUGCUCGCAAUAUGACAACAGUUUGAUGGAAUUGUAAUGAUCCAGAGGAAAUAGGGUUUUUUUAAAAAAAUCUCCAAUCUGCACUUUAAUGGUCUACAAUACCUAUGUCCUUUGAAGUUAUGAAUAUGGUAUCUCAUGACAACUCCAAAUGGAUGUUGAUUAUACCCAUAAUUCAAUUCUCCUGUACUUGGUCACUACUGUUCUCGUUCUGUUUAUGUCAAGUAUGAGUCAGCAAACAAGUGCAUUUAAUUAUGUGACUUUAUACAAUUAAAGCAAGAGGAAUCAUACAGAAUAUAUUCUUUUACUUCGUACACUGGAGAUUAGAAUCUUGUGCAGGUGACAGUGGUCUUAAAGGUUGCCAGACAACUGGUGAGAACCCUACAUUACCACUUUUUGGAAAGGUUCACCACAUCUUGUUCUGCAUCAACAGGCCAGCAGUUCAAACUCUGGGAAUCAAAAACUCUGGGGCAGAGAGCUGCCUAUCUGAUAAACAUCUCGGAUUGUCACUGGAUCCCAGACUAUUGUUG